UUGAGUCACGGUCUGUUGAUAAUCAUCAAACGACUUUUGGAAUGCACAGAGUGAACAGUCGAUCUAAACAACAACCUACACAGUGAACCACAAAAUGCCGAAAUCUUUUCUAGUGAAGAAAAGGAUAGAACGCUUUAAGAAGUCAUCAAAUGAUGCUGUGAYUGCGCCUAACCAUGGUUUUGUCAGAGAGUUUAAUCAAGUGAGCGCCGACCGGUCUGUCAAUAAACCUCAAGACACAAUGCCAAACCAAGCCAAACUUUUAGAAUCUCGUCUGACGCUCGUUUACCAACCGAAAAAUCUCCAAGUACCACAUCAGUUCCCCAAUUUCCCAGAACAUGGAAACGCCAGAACUCAAGCAUCGCAGCCGAAUCAAGGGGUCGAACAGUUUGGCUUCAUGAAGCAAGCACUUGUCGGCAGUACCAAUGGAUAUGAAGUGAAGCAUGCCUCAGGGAAUCUAAUUCCAGAUGGAAGAAUUAAACAGUUAUCAACCAAGAAUCAGUGUCAACAUUGCAGCAAAUCAUACACGUCUCUUACACAUCUGCUCAGACAUCAGCAGUUUCAUUGCAAUCCCCAAAUGAAAAGGCCAUUCCAUUGUAAACACUGUGAAAAACUUUACUUCUCUCUUGGGGCGCUGAAGAUGCAUAUUCGUACGCAUACGUUGCCAUGCAAGUGUAAAAUAUGCGGGAAAGCUUUCAGUCGGCCCUGGCUGUUACAAGGACAUAUUCGAACCCACACAGGCGAAAAGCCCUACAAAUGUGAACAGUGUCAGAGAGCAUUUGCUGAUCGGUCAAAUCUGAGGGCGCACCAGCAGACACACUCAGAUGUGAAAAAGUACUGUUGUAAGCGGUGCUCUAAGUCGUUCUCGCGGAUGUCUUUACUGCAUAAGCAURAAGAUUCAUGCCCUGGUGUAUUGCAACAUUCUAAAAUAUUCUAGAAAGUAAAAUGGCUUCGUCGCACAAAUGCUCGCAACACUUGACUAUUUUUAUUGGUCCUUAUUGUUUUUACAUAGUUGCACGAACACUGUAUAGCAAAAUAGUUUUUGAUAUGAGUAAAACACUAACUAGAAGAUAUAUUUUUCACAGAAGUUCCAUUUAAUAACAAUUUGAUAUCACAACAAUGUACAGAAUUCGUUUUCCAAGAUAGAGCUUUGUAAAUAUUAUUAUUUAAAUUAUUAGAAUUCACUAGCGACGCUAGAGUGACACUUGUUCAGAUAUUUCAUUUUUCAGCUAUUUUGUAAUACGCCAGAAAUGCAUAAGCUACUAGCCUUAACUAUGACGGGUUAUUUUGGCGUUGUAGCUUUAGUAGUUUUGAUUAUUAUACCAUCAUGUACAAUCUAUACUUUGCACAAUAUUGUUUUCUUUAUAACUCAGUUCUGGUUCGUUAAUCAAACACUCAAAUCAACAGGUGCUUUGACUCUUAGGCAGUUGAGAUGUCGUAAACAUGCUGCAUGGUAGAAUGUUGGUGAAAAAAAUCACAGCUUUUGACCUUGUACAUAGAAAAUUCUAUAUUUAAUAAACUGUGUUAUCAUAAAGUCUUGUAGA